CCGGAAGGACCCGGUCGGUCCGGGCUUCGUCUGUUGGGCUAGCUGGUGGGGUAAGCCCUCGUCUCGCCAGUCUGUCCACCCCUCUUCAUUUUUAACAAACGAACAAAAACUCUCUGGACCUCUGUAGCAUCGUAAAAUAAACAGGCGCCGUGGCGCGCUGGUCCCGGAGGGCCUUCGAGUUUCGGUGAUUUAGGGAGAGGUGAACGGUAAGGAAAGCCGGAACCAUUCCUUAGCGGAACCAUUGAGGUGAGGCCUCGGGGAGCAAUUUGAGGGCCGGACCACAGGGCGCCCGGGCCGGGUCUCGUAGGCAUGGCGGCGGUGGAGCCGGACGCGGAGCCAAAGGCCGCCAUCCCUGUGGACCUACGGCGGGAACGGCGACUGGUGUGCGUGGAGUACCCUGGCGUGGUGCGUAACGAGGCCAAGAUGCUACAGACUCUGGGCGGCGAGGAAGGCGUCUCUCGAAUCUAUACUGACCCUACCAAGAGGCUUGAGCUCUACUUCCGGCCCAAGGACCCAUACUGCCACCCUGUAUGCGCUAACCGUUUCAGUACCAGCAGCAUGCUGCUCCGGAUCAAGAAAAGAACAAGACGGCGGAGAGGUGCCCUGGGGGCUGAGACCCACCCCCAGGUCACGUACGACUUGGAAAUCCUUGGCAUCAUCUCCACAAUUUACAAAUUUCAGGGAAUGUCUGACUUUCAGUACUUGGCAGUGCACACAGAAGCGGGUGGCGAGCACGUGUCCAUGUAUGACAGAGUGCUCAUGCGCAAGCCUGAGAAGGAGGAGUUCUUCCACCAGGAGCUGCCACUCUACAUUCCCCCACCCAUCUUUUCCCGGCUUGACACACCUGUGGACUAUUUCUAUCGCCCUGAGACACAGCACCGGGAAGGCUACCACAAUCCCUCCAUCUCAGGCGAGAACCUGAUUGGAUUGAGUAGAGCCCGGCGCCCCCAUAAUGCCAUCUUUGUCAACUUUGAGGACCCUGAGGUACCUCUACAGCCUUUGGAGGCUGCAGUGCAGACAUGGAAGAAGGCCUGCACCAACCCCAUAGACCAGAAGGUGGAAGAAGAGCUGAGGAAGCUCUUUGACAUUCGUCCCAUCUGGUCAAGAAAUGCUGUCAAGUCUAAUGUCAGUGUCCACCCUGACAAGCUCAAGAUCUUACUUCCCUACAUGGCUUAUUACAUGAUAACAGGUCCAUGGAGAAGCUUGUGGAUUCGAUUUGGCUAUGACCCUCGAAAACACCCAGAUGCCAAAAUUUAUCAAGUCCUUGACUUUCGAAUCCGUUGUGGAAUGAAAUAUGGUUUUGGCUCCAGGGACAUGCCUGUCAAAGCAAAGCGCAGCACAUACAACUACAGCCUCCCCAUCACUGUCAAGAAGACAUCCAACCAGCUUGCUACCAUGCAUGACUUGAAGCAGGGCCUGGGCCCAUCAGGAACAGACGGCCCACGGAAAUUGAGCUACAAUAAGUACAAGCUCAAGGAUUCAGUCUACAUCUUCCGGGAAGGGGCUCUGCCACCCUAUCGACAGAUGUUCUACCAGCUGUGUGAUUUGAAUGUGGAGGAGUUGCAGAAAAUUGUUCACCGCAAUGAUGGGACAGAGAGUGUGUGCACAGAGAGAGAUGGCUGGUGUCUCCCCAAGACCACCGACCACCUGAGGGACACCAUGUCACUCAUGAUUCUGCAGACCAUCCGCUCUGAGAGGCCUGCUCUCUUCUCCAACUCAGGUAAGGCUGAUCGUGGAAAAGGACAACUGAUGUUUGAGUCUGGAGAGGAAGGCGAGGAGGAGGAGGAGGAGGAGGAAGAGGAGGAUUUCAAGCCCUCAGAUGGGAGUGAAAAUGAGAUGGAGACAGAGAUUCUGGAUUAUGUGUGAUAUAGUGCUGGUCCCAGGCAACCAGGACAUGCUGGUAUAGCACGAUGGAACAGUUGGGACAGGACUGUGCCCCACCCAGGGUGCUGAGAUAAGGGCACUGGGCAGCCUCAGGCUGGCAGCCUGACUUCACCAAAUGGACCGGCUCUUCAGUUCCCUGGAAACACCCUGUUGUCUCACAGCUUCCUAUUGUGAAACCAGAGACGGUCAUGUCCCUGCCAAGCUGGCCUCUCUGGAAGGCUCCUCUAUGCAUGGCCUUCCAAGCCCCCAGGGCAGCAGCACCAUUUCCUGAAGGGUGCUGAGCCAGAGAUGCACAAUUGCCUUGUUUCUCUAUGUGGCCUCUGUCCCUUGAACAGCUUGGCAUACACGGUCAAGUCACAGCAAUUCCAAAGCCAAAUGCCUCGAGCCAGCCCAUCCUCCUUCCUCAACCCAUUGUUUCAUUUGGCCCAAGUGGGCACUCCUGGGAAUGGGAAGCAGCUGGACAGACCCAUGUCCCCUGCUGCCCCUGCUUCCUGCUGCUUCGAAGAGUACUCAGCCCAGAGGCAGGAAGUAGUUCUUCCCUAAAGGCUGGCCAGCCUUUCCUGUCCCCCACAAGACUUCUGUCAAAGCAGCUGCCAAGACACCUCAGCUGGGAGUACUCCCACUUCUGAGCUGCUGCCCAACCUGGUCUUUGGGGAGGAGAUCUAGGUUCUGUCCCAUCUACCCAGGAAUGCCUUGACCCUGCAGAUCUGAGGAAGGUGCUGAGCAAGGAACCCCAUGCCCUCUGAAGGCCUUGCCCACACAGAGCCCAGGACAGUGGUGGUCUUGCCUUAGGUUGGCGAGACUAGAAGGACUUCCUGAGGUCUAGCCACAUUUUGCAAAGUAUGGUGAUUCUUCUCCUGAAUUCCCAUGUAAAUAAAAAUGCUUUUAGUCUGAAAAAUGUAAAACUC